CGGCCCCUGCUGCCCCCAAGAGAAUGUGGAGGCUGUUCUUCCAUUUCCUGACCCUGAUCACGAUCCGGCCGGCCCACGCCGUUGAGAGCAACUGCAAUGUUGUCUGCGGUCAACGCCCCUUGGCCCCCAGCCAUGGCCACUCAUCGCGGGUGGGGGGAGACGCAGACACGUUGCCAGGAGCGUGGCCCUGGAUGGUCAGUAUCCGAAGGCCUGUCGAGUCCGGCUACCAACAUACAUGUGGCGCGUCCCUCAUCAGCAGUAAAUGGAUCCUCACUGCGGCCCACUGCUUUAAACAAAGGAGGUCUCUUGAGAAUUGGGAACUGGCCUUUGGUGUCACGAAGCUCUCUCACCCUGGUCCCGAUGCCCAGAUGCGCUUCCCCAAGAGACUGGUGGAGCACCAGGACUACCAGCCGGAAACGGAAACCAACGACAUCGCCCUGGUGGAGCUUGACGAGCCCGUCCAGUGCAACGACUACAUCCAGCCCGCCUGCCUGCCGGACGGCACCAUGGACGUGUCUGAGAUGAACCAUUGCUACAUCAGCGGCUGGGGCUACAUCCAAGAGAAAGCUAAGAAUCCAUCUGACAUCCUGCAGGAAGCCAUGGUCAAUCUCAUUCCCCUGUCGCAGUGCAACGGCAGCCUCUGGUACAACGGCCACAUACAAGCCAACAACCUGUGCGCCGGGUAUGAGGAAGGCGGCACUGACGCUUGCCAGGGUGACAGCGGUGGCCCCCUCAUGUGCCGGGAAGAGCGGUCGGAGCGCUUCUGGGUCGUGGGCAUCACCAGCUGGGGGGCCGGCUGCGCCAGGUCCAAGAGACCAGGGGUCUACACCUGCACGAGGCACUUCUACGACUGGAUUCAGGCCUACGUCAAGGGAGAGAGUGCGGCCGAGACCGAGCCUCCGCCCCACACCACCCUCCCGCCCCAGCCACCCUUAGAGCAGCCAAGUUUGACCACCCAGCCUCAGACAGAGACGACACCCCCGACACAAGAGACGUCCACGACCGAGCUGCAGCCACCCCCACCCCCCGAGCCGGAGCCUGGGUCCCAGCCUCCAGCACAGUCAGAGGCCAACCCUGAGACGGUGCCCAUCCAAGCUGAGGAAAGACCCCCAGAACUUCCUCUGCCCACCCCGGCUGAAGCCGAGGAGCCCUCGGAACCCACCACAACCGAACCCACUACCACGCCUGAGACCACUACCACAACCACAACCACCACAACCACCACCACCACGCCUUAUCAGCCUUAUUACUGGACCCAGCCCCGCCGCACCCGCCGCAAGCGACCAAUGAUUGUCUCAGGGGCCUAUUAUGUCAGCAGUGGGUCCCAGAAGAAACCUUGGGAGAAACCCGGCUCCUGAGCAAAGGACUCAUCUUGACCCAUGCUGGGCCUCCAACUGUGUCCUCCCCUCCGUGAGCCACACAGCCCAGUGGCUGGAUCCACUGGUGUGGGAUGCCCUCGAAAGAGGCAACGCACACCAAGAAAUAGCCACAGUUACACAAAUAGAUAAAAUGAGAAUAUGC